AUGGUGUUCGCCACCUUGGCUGGAGAUGAACCUCCAGCAGGUGAGAGCCACAGGGUGGAUUCUUCGAAGGAAAUCCGGCACAUGAAGUUGUCCCUGCUGGGAUGCACAGCUUCGCAGAGGCAUGAUCAGGUCGUAGUCGUAGUCUUGGUGAUCUUCACAAACACCAGCAACGAUAGCCACGGGCCUCUGGCCCGGGCGGCUCAUAAAGGCCACCUGGAGGUGGUCGAGGCGCUGCUGGCCGCGGGCGCCUCCGUCGACGCGAAGAGCAACAUCGGCCACGGGCCUCUGGCGAUUGCGGCUAUACACGGCCAACUGGAGGUGGUCGAGGCGCUGCUGGCCGCGGGCGCCUCCGUCGAGGCGAAGGAUUACAACGGUCGGACAUCGCUGCACCACGCGGCUGGCGACGGCUUCACCGCCGUGGUGGAGCGGCUCCUCGCCGCGGGCGCCGCCGUGGAUGCUGUGAGCAGAUUUGGCAAGACACCGUACGACCACGCCAAGCAAAGCGACCACCGGCAGGUGAUGGGUGUGCUGGACCCGGUAUUUGUGGCCCUUCUCAGUGGCCGGAGCUGCAGAUGCAACUCUGCGCAUGAAACUGUACAAGACUUGAAGGAGGAAGCAGAGCGCAAGUUGGGAACGACCAUCGAGCAUCUCAUUGGCCCCGACAUGCAGCCGCUGCUGCUUGGCACAGUUGAUGCGGUAUGGAAUGGAGCGAUGACUCUGCAAGAAGCCAACAUUCUGCCUGGAAAUACCCUGACGGCCGUCCUAGACCCUGUGGUGCUGAAGGACUUUGGCCAUGGGAUUUCGAUGAAGAUGGCGCAAUCCGUUUUCGAUGAGUACGGGCCCAGGAUGGAAGUGCUUGCAGACUGGAAGGAUCUGAAGGAUCCAUCCUCCUUGGAGGAAGUGCUCCCUCCCGGACACGUGGCACUGAGCCAACUGGUGCGUCUCAGUCCGGAAGAUGUCACGUUUCCAAAGCCAGUGGAGGUUGAGAUGCCAACAUGUGUUGGUGCGGAAUCUGUUUGGAGAUCAUCAGCCACAGGCUGGGAACGACUACUGGGUGCGAAAUUCAGCGAUGGCCGAGUGGUUGUUGCGCUGAGCCACUUUUGUGAUGUUGUGGCCACGGGGCCAUGUGGCCUGAAAGCUGUGGGAUUCAUCGAUCCACGCGGUGCAAACGCGAAAGUCGCAUUGCUACACGUGGCGUGCGAGUCAUGUCAGAACAGCUUGGAGCAGCUGUGCUCCGAUGCUGACAUGUUGGGAUCCUUCAAGAAAUGCGGCCCCAGCGUACCGCUGGGAACUUACCGCCACGACGAAGACCUGGAGCUGCGUCAAGGGCAAGAAGCGAUGAACAUGAGAGUCAGGUUCCACCGAAUGCCGCAGAUUUCCCGGAAACUUGUGGCUCACUCUGCAAGCCACUUCAGUGUCGAAAUUGAAGGGGAUGACCAUCAGUUCGAAGAACUUCGGUCAGAGGCAGCCACGAAUGCAACAGCUUCAAACCCAACAGCAUCGGAUCUCCAGUCAGCUCCAGCGACCUCACAGGCGAUGCCCGCAGCUGCAAUGACCUCGGACGUGUCGAUGGCACAGGAGCGGCCAGAGAGAGGUCACCUGUUACUGAGCGGCCGCUUCAACAGUGAUACGGUCAUCGACUACAUGAAAGCGGUGAAGAGGCGCUUGGAAGAGAGACGAAUACCUGUAUAUAUGGUGCAAGCUCAGGUCGGCUAA